AUGCGCCUCUCCCGCCUCCCCCGGCCCCCGCCGCCGCCUGUCUCUGGCGUCACUUCCGCCGGCGCCGCGCCCGGCGUCGAGUUCCGCUUCCGUCCGCCUCGUUGCCGGCAGUCGCCACCGAGCCCGGGAAAGGCGCGCGCGCCCUCGCGACGCUUCCGCUUCCGAGAAGACUGCUCCGCCGCUUCCCCUCUGCGGGAGGGGGCUGACGGGGGCUCUUCUUCCUCAGAUGCGGCCGCGGAGCCCAUGAGGAUGGAGGCCCGGGACGCGGCGCGGGCCAACCACGGCUCCGUCUUCAAGGCCUUUCCGCUGCCCUCGCGAGCCGGCCUGCGGGAUCCGCUCUCCCAGCCCGACAGCAAGUUUUUACCCAACAAGAUCAGCGGUUUCGCUUGCCCCGCUGGAAACGCAUCCUGCGCUCUCAAUUACAGCCCAGAAGUCCCCUGCCCUGACAGCUACCGGGCGGUGGGGGAGCCUCGAGCCUUUGGAUGCAGCGCCAACGGGCAGUGGAGGGGCUUGGUUCCCCCUCUGGGCUCCGUGCCGCAGAAGCCGAGGGUGAGCCGAGGCUCUUACCUCGAAGCACGCAAAAACCCCAGUGGGACAUCCAAUAGUUUUGUAGGGAAAUCAAACCACCAUUGCCAUGCAUCAGCUUUUCCCAUCAAACCCGCUCAGAGUCCUUCCUGGAGCGGUCCCUGUCGCCGCAGCCUGCUUAGCCCAAAGAAAACGCCCCGGCGGUUCAUCAGCACGGCGGAAGAGACUGUUCGAGAGGAAGAGCGAGAGAUCUACAGGCAGUUGCUUCAGAUGGUCACAGGAAAGCAAUUUUCCACGUCCAAGCCCUCUUCGCUAUUCCCCUUCCAUCUGUCCAGGUGUUCAAAUUCCAGCAAAACCCUAGUGAAAGAAACUCCCAGCAAGAACUCAAAGCUGUUUGAAGCUCACAGCGUUGCACCAGCCAGUUCAGCAACCAGCGUCCUCAGAGCACAGGAGCAGCCGUCACACAAACCGUCGCUCUACUCUGCCCCCAGCUAUCCCUCCAAUAUCUUUGAGUCCAGUAACUCCACAGCCCACCAUCAGCAAGAAAACCUACCAGCAUCUAAUACGCAGUCUGAAGGGUCGGACUCUGUCAUUUUGCUCAAGGUAAAGGAUUCCAGAACCCCAGCACCAAGCCUCCCGUUCUUCCAGGCAGAACUCUGGAUCAAAGAACUAACCAGCGUCUACGAUUCACGAGCUCGGGAGAGGUGGCGGCAAAUUGAAGAGCAGAAAGCACUGGCCUUACAGCUGCAAAGCCAGCGGUUGCAGGAACAGGAACACUCGGUGCAGGAUCUGGUGGAUUUAAAUCUUCGAGUACCCCUUGAGAAGGAGAUCCCUGUCACGGUGGGCCCGGAAGAGAAAGAGGAUGCUAAGUCAGCUGACGGCGAAGAGGAGUUCCCUGAAAUCACCGAGGAAAUGGAAAAGGAAAUAAAGAACGUUUUCCGAGGUGGGAACCAGGACGAGGUCCUCAGUGAAGCUUUUCGGUUAACGAUCACUCGGAAAGACAUUCAGACCCUCAAUAAUCUGAACUGGCUGAACGAUGAGAUAAUUAAUUUCUACAUGAAUUUGCUGAUGGAGCGGAGCAAAGAGAAGGGUUUGCCGGCAGUUCAUGCGUUCAAUACUUUCUUCUUUACCAAAUUAAAAACGGCGGGGUACCAAGCCGUGAAACGGUGGACUAAAAAAGUGGAUAUCUUUUCUGUGGAUCUCCUCUUGGUGCCUAUUCAUCUGGGAGUGCAUUGGUGCCUAGCAGUUGUAGACUUCAGGAAAAAAACCAUCACCUAUUACGACUCCAUGGGUGGAAUAAACAGCGAAGCCUGCAGGAUACUGUUGCAAUACUUAAAACAGGAAAGUCUUGACAAGAAAAGGAAAGAGUUCGACACUAAUGGCUGGUCGUUGCUGAGUAAGAAGAGUCAGGAGAUCCCGCAGCAGAUGAACGGCAGCGACUGCGGGAUGUUUGCCUGCAAAUACGCCGACUGCAUUACCAAAGACAAGCCCAUCAACUUCACUCAGCAACACAUGCCCUAUUUCCGAAAGCGGAUGGCCUGGGAAAUCCUUCAUCGCAAGCUGUUAUGAUGACGUUGUGCCGAAAGCCGCUUCCUUGCGAGAUUGUAUCAGAAGUGCCCAGAUUUGCCCUGCUCAGCAGCCUGAGCCGCGGCAGGCGCGGACCUGCCCGGGGCUUCAGUCAAAGACACAGCAAACGGACUCUGUAUCAUAUUUUUGAUAAAACACCAUUCACGGACCAAUGCGCAAUAGAAAUGUUCAGAAGCACACUUGCCUUUUUUUUUCUGUUGUUCUUUCUUUUUUUUUGUAUUUCAAGACCUAUUUUUACAAGCGAUUUUCAGGUGCUGAGACUUGAGGGGGCAGCUUCGGACGUUCAAGGAACUUUUUAUUUUUCUGCUUGUUGCAGCUCUCGCUGCCGGCUUUGCUGAGCUGAUGGCCUGACUCUGGCGGGGGGAGGCUGGAUUUCGGAGGAGGGGAAAGCACUUCGAUGGCUCUGGAUGCUCUGCGCGCUGGGAGAGCUCUAAGUCGGGUGGGCAAAAACCUAUUUGGGGGUGGAUGUAGGGAGGUUUGCUCGUAGAGGAACAUUU